AUGCCAAGCUCCAGAGCCUCAGAGAACAAAACCCAGAUGGGUUUGUGUCUUCUUCAAACCAACCCAUCUUCUUCUAGUGAGAGAAGAGGGCGAAAAAAGCAAGGAGAAGCAGGAAGAUUUCUGGGGGUGAGAAGACGACCUUGGGGAAGAUAUGCUGCAGAAAUUAGAGACCCCGCAACUAAAGAAAGGCACUGGCUUGGGACUUUUGAUACUGCUCAAGAAGCUGCUUUAGCUUAUGACAGAGCUGCUUUGUCCAUGAAAGGAUGCCAAGCAAGAACCAACUUCGUAUACACUACUGACAAUACAACCUUUGACAAUACUCUUCUUUGUCCCUUUGAUGUUCAGCUUCAGUCACUCUUUAACACUACUCAGAUGAAACAGUCAAUCAACCAGAACAGGCCACCUCAGCUUUCUGAGACUUCCCAGAUUGAGACUACUGCUGCAUGUGAUUCUUCUUCAGCUCAGGAGGCUGAUAGCUUACUCUUCUUCUCCAAUGGUGAUUCUAAGUCAGGUUACUUGGAAUGCAUAGUUCCUGAUGUCUGUUUCAGACCACCACCAUCUUCUUCUAAUGAUAGCAACAGUUCAAACUCCAUAAAGAACAAUGGUGCCUUAAUUCCCUGUGCCGAUGCAAAUGACCAAAAGAUAUCUCAAGAAGCUGUGAAGAACAUGGCCUCAAGCUAUGGAAAUUUCACCUAUCCAAAUGAACUCGGGCAAGAAACAUUCUGGGACUGGAGCUGCAGUGAACUUGCUGCUAUAUUUAACAGUCCAUUAAAGGUUGAAGACACAGACACUUCAAGCUGCGGGAUAAUCUCUCAGGCUGCUGCAACUGCUCCAUCAACCACUUAUGCUCCAUCACUUCCUUCAUUUGAUGUUGAUUUGGCAUACACACUCUUCUGAUCAGCUCUGGUUGAUCUUUUUAUGUUGGAAUAAAUUAAAACCCUGGUUUGGCCAAUAUGAUCUCAAGUUAUCAGUUGUAUCAGUUUACUACUUGGAAGUUAAUUAGAUAUAUCAGCUCUUGUAAGGGUCAUAUAGUAUCAAAUCUAAGUUGGAAACACAAGAUCAAACUUUCAAGUGUAAAAUGAUAUGCAAAAAAUGGAUCUUUGAAAGAUUCAAGGGAUACAUUGGAACAAGAUGAAUAUGGAA